AUGAACGAUACAAGAUCGUUUGGAUAUGAAAAUGGUGCUGAACCGCCACCACAGCAACCCGCUGUACCUGUGUCUCCGGCGCAGUACAGAUUUUCGCCGGACGAGUUAAGGGUGUUAGCUGAAUGCAACACCGAGAGUUUUUUGCAGCGGUCAUUACCAUUUGGUACUAUUUUCGGCCUUGGUACUUAUUUAGCUGUACAAAAAGGUCAUUUGAAACCAAAUCCUCGCUUUGGUGCAUUUCCAAAGAUGACCCUAGCAGUUGUUGUGGGUUAUUUCCUUGGCAAGUUAUCGUACCAACAAGCUUGUGCUGAAAAACUCAUGGCUUUACCAGGCAGUUACAUUGGACAGCUUCUUCGUGAUCGUCGAGAUGGAAAAACUGGAACCACACCUCCCAGACAAGCAACAACAAUGUUUGGGGCCACACCAAGCGACAUCUACUCAGAUGCUGGCCCUGGCAGCUCCCUUGAUCUUGAUACCGAUCGCCCACUCUUCAGUGAUGACUCUUAUCGGCCGGAUAAUAAAGUUCCUAAUGUCAGCGCACCAGAAAAUGCACCACCACUACCUCCCCUCUCUUAUGAUGACUUACGCCGUAAGAACCGUGGCGAGUUUGCUGAAUCCCGACAGGAUCCGUACAGAAUCGAUCCGAACGCAGGUCCACAAGUAUCCAGGGCGAGGCAGCCCCAGCCUUCACCUGCACCAGCGCCCCCCACCACCAACAAAUAUGGUGACAUCAUGGAUUAA